AUGUACCAUAUCUUAAUCCAAAAAUUCAAGAUUGAGUAUUUUCGGAGAGUUACCGCUGUUGGGUAUUCUUGUGUUGUUUUUGGUUGGAUGACGAUUCUUUCUGUCAAGCAACCCACAUCCAAGUUGCAUCUUUUUGGAUUUCUUUCACUUCCCAUUAGUUUUGCACCAUUUGAGUCACUUAUUUUCACUUCAAUCAUCGUUCCUCAAGCAAGUUUUAUCGGUCAUUUAUCUGGAAUUGUUGUUGGGUAUGCUAUUGCCUGGGGUUUAAUUCAUGGUAUGAACAACUACUGGGCAGUUUCCAUGUUGGGAUGGAUUGUGCUUGUUUCCGUGUUCAGUUUGAAGCGUUCUGGUGCAUAUGAUUUCAGUUUUCUUGAGAUUGAAUCCGUUACUGAUCCUUCAUUGCCAUCUGUACGGUUUGUUGGAAAUGGUAGAACAUUGCAAAUGAGCGCAUUACCAGCUACAGGUGUUGAGCUUGUAUUGGUCACCUCUGCCCGCUGUGGUGAUACAAAUCCCAGGGUGCUACGGUUUGACCCGUUAGAGUGA